UCAUAAUUUGACGCGAUUUUCACAUUUAAACAGCAGAAGAAAAAUGAAACAAGAUGAAACAAUGAAAGUCAAGCGAUACGACGACACUAAUGUCAAUCCGGACUUUGUGGCUGAAAGAAAAAAAUGUACUUUCAACAUAGAACUCUUGACAAACAUCAUUGAUGGGUCGUCAUACUUGACGGAAACCAGACGACAAGCGCAAUUAGCUGUACUGAAUAAUGAAUCAUUCUCUAACCUUCCGGACCGGUACUAUGCAUCAAGAGAUGAGGCAUACGCGCAGAACAUCAGAAAGUCAGCCGCAUACAUAAAGUUAUUAAAGGAAGACAAAUCGAUCAGUAGAGCUGAAUCUUACUUUAUGCAAUGUUUGAUAUUUCCCAAUGAGGUCCCUCCCUUCUCCCUACACACCACCAUGUUUACCCCCACCUUCGAGUCCAUGGCAGACGAGGAGCAGAAAAAGUUAUGGAUGCCCAGAAUCGAGAACUACGAAAUCCUCGGCACUUAUAUUCAAACCGAGAUGGGUCAUGGAACAAAUGUGAGGGGAUUGGAGACUACAGCAACGUUCGAUCCGUCAACAGAUGAGUUCAUCAUUCACUCACCCACUCUGACGUCAAUCAAAUGGUGGCCAGGGGGAUUGGGCAAGACGUGCAACUGCGCGAUAGUCAUGGCCUCGUUGAUUACAAACGGGCGGAACGAAGGCAUCCACCCCUUCAUCGUUCAACUCAGAGAUUUUGAGACGCACGAACCCUUGAAAGGUGGAUUAACGAUUGGGGACAUAGGGACGAAACUUGGCUUCCACGGUAUGGACAACGGAUUCGUGAAAUUUGAUCAGUUUAGGAUUCCAAGAAGGAACAUGUUGAUGAAGAGUGCAAAGGUGACCAGGGAUGGAACAUAUCAGAAAGAGAAGAAGCUGGAGAAGUUGAAGUAUGGGUCGAUGGUGUUUGUGAGGGCCAUGCUGGUUUUCAACCAGGCAGGGCAGGGAUUAGCCCAGGCGGUCACCAUUGCAGCCAGGUACAGUUGCGUCAGGCGACAAUCUGAGUACGCUCCUGGACAAGAAGAACCACACAUCAUAGAGUACCAGGCCCAGCAGCACAUCCUCUUCACUGAACUUGCAGCCUCCUACAUCUUCUACAUUGCUGGCAACAAACUUAGAGAGCUCUACUUCACCAUGAACUACGAUAUUCAGAAGGGAGACCUCAGUGACUUGCCUGAGUUGCAUGCACUGUCAGCCGGUUUGAAAGCCCUGACGCUGGACGAGGCGGUGGUUGGCAUCGAGAGGUGUCGUCUGAUUUGUGGCGGGCAUGGCUACAGUGCCGCCAGUGGCAUUCCCAAGAUAUACACCGAAGUUGUCGCGGCGUGUACCUAUGAAGGUGUUCACCCUGUUCUCUAUCUGCAAACGGCCAGAUACCUUUUAAAAGUUUACCAAGCUGCGUUACUGUCAUCGUCUGCGUCAUCGUUACCAGAUAACCAAAGUUCUAAAUAUAUCUUUCGUCACCUUCACUCGGAAAGACCGAGGUUUCACUUUCCAUUGUCAUUUGUAGAGAUUGUCGAAGCUUUUGAAAGGAGAGCUCUUAUGUGCAUCGAGAAAGCCUCAAAGAAAUUGGAUGGGUUGUUGGCCACUGGACGCCCACAUCAUGAAGCUUGGAACUAUUCAGCUUGCUAUCUCAUCAGGGCUGCUAAGGCCCACUCACACGUAUACCUGACCAGUUCAGUGCACGAACAACUUGAAACAGUCCGACAAGAAGAUGCAGGUGUGUACACAGUGUUGGGUCAGUUGUUUGAACUCUAUGCCCUCAAGUCCAUCGUCGACCAUGCCGUCGAGUUCAUUGAGUCCUGUGGGAUAACGACAGAUCAAAUAAACAUCUGCAUAGAACGUAUUGAGGCAUUGUUGCUGAACAUUAGACCAAAUGUCCUUCCAUUGGUGGAUGCAUUUGACUUUCCUGACCGUUUACUGGGCAGCGCUCUAGGGUGCUAUGAUGGGAAUGUUUACCAGAGGUUGUACGAAUAUGCUCUCAACUCGCCUCUCAACAAAUCCACGGUUAAUGUUGCUUAUUUUGUUUAUUAUAUUGCCAUAAACAUAUCGUAA